AUGGCGCGACCCAUGGGACCUGUCCGUCUAAAGCGGGCCAACCCCGUUACCAUUGCCAUCGGCGCCGUGCUGUGCAUCUUCAUCCUCUACUUUCUGAUUGCCUCAGGCGGCUCGCACACGAUAUCGGCCGCGCGCAAUGCCAACGCGGCCUCGCACCCGCUGUCGCCGCCGACGUCGCCUUUCCGCAAAUCGAACAGCAAGGGCAAGCCAAAACCGCCGCCCGUGACGCGCUACAACAUGAACAACAUCACCACCACGUCGAACCCCAUUGAGAACAACGAGCACAUCUUGGUGCUCUCGCCCAUGGCGCGCUUCUACCAGCAGUACUGGGACAACCUCCUGAAGCUGUCAUACCCGCACGAGCUCAUGACGCUCGCCUUCAUCCUGCCCAAGACCAAGGAGGGCAACGCGGCGACCGCCGCGUUGCAGGCGCAGAUUACCAAGACGCAAAAGUUUGGCGACGAGAAGGAGCGCUUCAAGAGCAUCAUUAUUUUGCGUCAGGACAUUGACCCGCCCCUGGUGUCGCAGGACGAGAGCGAGCGCCACAAGAUUGAGAACCAAAAGGCGCGCCGCGCCGCCAUGGCCAAGGCGCGCAACUCGCUGCUGUUCACGACGCUGGGUCCCUCCACGUCGUGGGUGCUGUGGCUCGACUCGGACGUCGUCGAGACGCCGCCCAGUCUCAUCCAGGACCUGGCCUCGCACGACGCCCCCAUCAUCGCGCCCAACUGCUUCCAGCGCUUCCUCAACCCGGAGACGAACAAGAUGGACGAGCGGCCCUACGACUACAACAACUGGCAGGACAGCCCGACGGCCCAAGAGCUGGCGGCAAGGAUGGGUCCCGACGACAUUCUGCUCGAGGGCUAUGCCGAGAUGGCCACGUACCGGUCGCUGAUGACGCACAUGACAACGCCCGGCGAGAGCCCGCACCAGGAGGUGCCACUGGACGGUGUGGGCGGCACGGCGCUGCUGGUCAAGGCCGAGGUGCACCGGGACGGCGCCAUGUUCCCGGCCUUCCCAUUCUACCACCUGAUUGAGACGGAGGGCUUCGCGCGCAUGGCCAAGCGGCUCGGCUGGGUCUCGAUCGGCCUGCCCAACUACAAGGUGUACCACUACAACGAAUAG